CGAAAAAUGUUGAGAAUUUCGUUUUGUGUUGUGUGGUGUUUUUUCCAUUUAAUCUUUUAAAUAUGGUUGUCUCUCGCAUUUAAAAGUGAAAAUGUCUAAAAUAGUGAACACUGAAGGCAUUAGGCCUGGCUGUAUCUAUCGAAUAGCGCUAGAAAACUUCGUAACGUAUAAACAAGUCGAGUUGUUCCCGGGCACGUCCUUGAAUUUGAUCAUCGGGCCAAACGGGACUGGAAAAUCUACUUUCGUUUGUGCUAUAAUUUUGGGUCUCUGUGGUAAGACCAGCGUUAUUGGGAGGGCUAAGAAGAUAUCCGAAUAUGUGCGAAGUGGUUGUGAGCAGUCUACGAUUGAAAUUGAACUGUAUCAAGAGCAGGGAAAGCGUAAUGUCAUCAUCACUAGGCACUUUAACUUGAAAGAUGUGUCUACGUGGUCCAUUGACCAUAAGACGGUGCGGGAAAAGCAGGUUCAGGAGUUGAUCGCUACUUUAAAUAUACAGGUUGACAACCUCUGCCAACUCUUGCCUCAAGAUCGCGUCCAAGACUUCUCCAAAAUGGACCCGCAGCAAUUGUUACGCAGCACCCUCUCCGCCGUGGGAGGUCAGGAGAGCGUGUCCCAGUUGGACGAGCUGAUACAGUGCAGGAACAAGCAGCGAGGGCUGUCUACGAAGCUGCAAAACAACGCUCAGCUGUUGCAAGAACAAGUUAGGCUGAAUGAGAGAUUGAAAGUGGUAAUCGAUGCAAUGCAGCAAAGAAAACAAAUUGAGAAGCAAAUAGAGGUGUGCGAGAAGAAGAAACUCUGGAUCGAGUAUCAGGACUUGAGAGAGAAAGUGGUUGAGUACACCAAUGACAAAAAAGAAGCCGUGCGCUUGGUGAACACUCAUAAAAGUAAGAUGGAACCGCUUGAAAAAGUGAUCUCCAAAGCCAAGACUGGCAUUAAUAAGUUGGAGCAGGAGAAAUUGAAUUCUAACCGCGAAAUCCACACUCUAAAAGACCGCGUCAAAGAGACGUUAGCUGCGGUCCGUACCCACGAGUACACUAUCAAGGACAUCCAGUCGACCUACCAGGAGAAGCUGGAGCGGUUCAGGAAUAGGGAACGGGAGCUGGUCGAGGCUAAGGCCAAGCUGGAGAAGCUGGUGACUGAUAAGACGAAGCUGGUGGAAAAAGUUGGGGACGAAAAUCAAGUCAAAAUGGAGUUAGCCGAGUUACACAAGCCGAUACAAAAGACCAACACAGCAUUGGAGGGUUUGAAGAAAAAGAAGCUAGAGAUCCAAUACGAUCUGGAGAACAACGUCAUUCCUCAGAUACGACUGUAUCAAAACAGGAUACGUAACCUCGAAGAUGUGGACGUGAAACGUCUAGAGGUGCUCCGCAACUACAGUGAAGACGCUUACAACGCCGUAGCUUGGCUGCGAGAGAACCGAAACAUGUUUCAGGAACCUGUGUAUGAACCCAUGAUACUGGAGAUAAACUUCACCGACCCAAAAUUCGCUCGCUACCUCGAGUCUACCGUGCCAGCUCGAGACUUGGUGGCUUUCACCUUCGAGUCCACUCAGGAUAUGAACCUGUUCAUGCAGAAAGUCAGAGGGUUAGGCCUGAAGAAGGUCAACGCUGUGUGCAGUCCGAACUCACGGGUACAGAUGCAGAGCAAUGAUAUACAGCAGCUGAGCUACCUCGGCUUCUACACAUACCUAGUGGACACGCUAUCCGCGCCCGCCGCUAUAACGCGUUACUUAUGCAAGCAGUACGGCAUCCACCGCGUGCCAAUAGGCGAUCAGCAAAUAUUAUUUUUUGCGAAAACUACCACGAUUAAAAAUAAUUCAGAUAAAGUUGUGUUCUACAGAGCGUAUUAUAAAAAAAAACUGAUGAUUGCAAAGUCACCCUGUACAGCAUCUACACCUUACGACCUGGAACGAACGGUACUUCAUAAUAAAAAAAGCUACCUCGGCUUCUACACGUACCUAGUGGACACGCUAUCCGCGCCCGCAGCGAUCACUCGUUACUUAUGCAAGCAGUACGGCAUCCACCGCGUGCCAAUAGGCGAUCAGCACACGUAUAACAACAGCGGGAAGGUGCCGAAUAAUAUCAACUUCUUCUUCACUGAAAACCACCGCUUCACCGUGCGCGUGUCAGCCUACAGCGGCGCCAAGUCUAGCUCUACCACCGAAAUCAGGCCGGCCAAGUUGCUUGCCAACACCGUUGAUAUUGAACAACUCAACAACUACAAUACGCAAUUGUCAAAAUUCGAGGAGGCAAGCCAGUCUCACAGGAGAAAAGUGCAGGAGUUGGACGAGAAAGUGGCCGCUUUGGAAGUGAAUUUGAACGAAUUGAACACGCGGAGGAAACGAAUCAGCGAGGGAGUCGAGAAGGUACGCACAAUCUGCGCUCAAAUCCGGCUCCAAACCAAGAAAGUCCAGGAUAUAGAGAACGAACCAUCUUUCAACAUCGAGCAAGAGAGAGAGCGAUGUAGAAGGAAGCAACGGGAUUGCGUGAUUAAACAGGGGAAACUUCAUAAGGAGUUAAGUGACGCUAUGAAGAGCUUGCAGACCACGAUACUGAAUGGGGAGAUGUGGAAGGUAAAACUGGACUUCAGCAGAAACGCGAUAGUACAGCAAGAGUCAGAACUACGUGAGCUUAAGAACGAACUGCGUAACGUGCAGACUACCCUCGAAAAUAUUGAAAGUUGCCUUGCCCGGGCCAAGUCCAAUGCUAAGGAGAAACUGCUGGAGGCUAAAAGGUCGUGCGACAACAAGCUACCGCAAGACCCCGACUUUCCCCACAAGGACGACUUCGACGUGCUGCCUUCUGAUGUAAAUAGUCUCCAGGAGCACAUGUUCGAGCUACAGACCAGAAUCGACUGUAUGGACCAGGGGGAUGAGCAGGUCAUUAAAGAAUACGAAGAAAGAGAGAAAAUGAUAUCCAAACUCAAGGCGGACGUUUCUAGCUCGAGCGACGUCAACAAACAGUUGGAGGAUAAAAUGCGAAUACUCAACUCCCAAUGGCUGCCGCCACUGGAGACUCUAUUACAGAACAUAGACAAGAGCUUCGGCGAUAUGUUCGCUAAGUUAGGCUGCGCUGGCGAAAUCAAACUCGACAAAGGGGGGAGCGAUGAGGACUACGACAAAUACGGCAUAUCCAUCCUGGUGCGCUUCCGAGCGGCCGAGCAGUUGCAGCAGUUAACACGUCACGCGCAGUCCGGCGGCGAGCGAGCGUUAUCCACUGCGUUAUACCUCAUGGCGCUGCAGAGGCUCACGACCGUGCCUUUCAGAUGCGUGGAUGAGAUCAAUCAAGGCAUGGACCCCAUCAACGAGCGGAAAAUGUUCCAGUUGUUGGUGAAAGUCACCACCGAGUGUGACAACGCGCAGUAUUUCCUACUCACUCCUAAGCUAUUAACAAACCUGGAGUACAACCCCAAGAUAAUGGUCCACACAAUCAUGAAUGGAAAGAAAAUCAUGAACUACAGGAAAUGGAAGUACCACCAAUUCUUGGAACGGGCACACGCGUACCGGGCUAUGAAUCAGUAAGGUAUGCGAGAUACUACCAAAAAUGUAUUGAACGGUGCAUUUACCGCAUUUAAAGGUAACAUUGUAGGUCUGCCGCUUAACUUAGUGCCUGAGGGUGUUUUUGUAACGUCAAACGUCAACGAGACUUCAGAACUUCAGAUUUAUAUGCUCUGUCACGUCAUAAUAUGUCAAUGUCA